AUGCCUCUAUCAGUUGCAGCGAAAGCUCCAAUUGGAUCGCCAACCAGCGACAACGACAUCACGUGGACGCCAUCUUUGAUGGCAUGGUCCAUACCUGCCAGUAUGUCAGAAUCGAAACACCCGGGUUUCCAGCAGACUUUGUAUGAUGCGACCCGAGCAGUGGAUGCCAUCCCCCGCGCCGUCCCGCUAGCGAAGCCCAGCAGGUUGGCGCCUUGGACAGGGGACCCGACAGCAGUGCUUGCGGACCUCGCCCCAACCAAUUUCCUGUUACAGCUGGAUUUCGGGAAAUCGAUUGUCCCUUCACAUCCCCCUUUCCAGCUACUCGGGAUGGGUCCCAGCUGCCCCCCGUCACUGAAGCUCGGGUGUUGUGGCAACACGCCAGUGUCCAGGACCCCAACAACGACUUCACUCACAAGUUGGGGAUCCGGAAGGAGUGAGCUCGAUUUCUCGAGACCAAGAAAUCGAGGGGUCCGGGUUGUGUGGAGCGUGUGGAUUGUCUCUGGGAUAACAGAUAUCACCCCCUCAAGGCCCUUCAUCAGGUCAGCCUCCUCUGAAGUGAGGAUGGUGGAGAAGCCAUCAAAAACAUUCUCACGCCAGAGACGAGGCAUACCACGUCGAGUGAUCGGGGAAACUCUUUGGCCGUUCGUCUCCAGCCAUCUGAACGAUGUAAAAAAAAGAAAGAAAGAUAGGGUCUAUUCAUUUUGUACAUUAUUAGCGGCACAUAUGGAAGAGAAUAGCGGGAGAAAGGAAGAGAGUGGAACCGCACAUAUCUCAGCCCCAAACACCACCGAGGGGAUGAUUGAGCCACAACCAACUCUCUCAACCUCGUCAGAAGUCCGCCACUCUCUCAACUCUUCUCAGCCGAUCGCGAUCGGCGGUCGGACGCCAGAAAAACCGCGCACGAUCGCGGUCCGAACGGACCAAACCGGAGCGGCCCCGCCGGCCUUAUUGAUAACGUAA